GGGUUGACCAACCCACCGUGGGGCGAGGAGGAUCACGCUCAUCGGUGACUGUACUGCUGCUUGCGUCCGGGAUGUGAACAGAGCCUACAUAUGUACUGGGCCGAUGACAUGGCGAGUUGCUGCUUCAAGCUGUUUCUAGUUGGAAUUUUACGGCGUUAACAAGACUUCCAAGACAAUGGGCAGUGUCACACCUCAACAAACUGGUGGCAUGGGAGAUUCGUUGUCCUUUGCUGAACGCAAUAUUGCCAUCACGGGUGGCGGCUCAGGAAUUGGCCUUGCCAUCGUCAAGACACUUCUCCUCCUAGGAGCCAACGUUUACGUUGUCGAUUUGAUGGAGACCCCACCAAAAGAGAUUGCAGACCAAGAAAGGCUUCAUUUCACAGGAAAAUGCGAUAUCACCAAACGAGAGGCGUGUCGAAAAUUCCUCGACACGAUCCCCGGCCGAUUAGAUGGGCUCGUGAGUUGUGCAGGGGUUUGUCCCUGGGAGGGAAAACUUCCCUCGGACGACCUUUACCGCCUGAACAUGGAGGUAAAUGUCACUGGCGUGUGGAACAUGGGCACGGAAGCGAUCCGCAGGAUGUCUGAGCAACAGGACCUAGAGGCUCCAGGUGCUGUUCCAGGUGCAACCCGGAGUGUUGGCCAAGGGUCCAUCGUCAAUAUUGGAAGCGGAGCGUCGCUUCGAGGUCUUCAAGGUCUGGCAGCGUAUACUGCGAGUAAGCAUGCUGUGUUGGGCUUGACGCGGUCAUGGGCAAAGGAUUUUCCACGACUGCGAGUCAAUGCUGUGGGACCAGGUGUCACGGAUACUCCUUUGGCGAGAGGUGCAAUGGGCGGCACGCCUGAAGAUCGCUCCGCCGUCAAAUUAACACAGGCCCUGAUUGAGUCCAUUCCAAAAGGGAGGAUGGCCUAUCCCUCGGACAUAGCAGACUCGGUGGUUUUUCUGCUUUCAGACUGGUCCAGUUUUAUUACUGGCCAGAUUCUACCCGUCAACGGGGGCAACUUCUGACAAUUUUCCAUCUAGCAAC